ACUUGUCAAGUGUGCAUCACGGUAGAAUGGGCAAGUGCAGUCCCCGUGACCUACAUCCGACGACCCUCGCUCGGGAAGCUUCUAAUUUCCACAUCUGAACUACGUCACGGCGGGGGGAAGAGAUCGCUAACAGGCAGAGCCAGUCCGCCGUCGAACGUCGAGUGGAAAGCACGCGUCCAAACCAACACCAACCACGAUCGCGAUCAUCCGCCUGAACAAAAAAAUAUUAAGUGUUCAAAUAUUUUUUUUAUUUGGAGUGCCGUGAUUUUUUUUCUGUGAUACGUCAGGCGAGUGAGCACCGCGCGGCGCGUUCUGCUGACACACUGGCUCAGUCAGGCACCGGACGCCGAAAGAGCACCAUCGAUUUUCUCCAUACGACCGUACGAGUGAAACCGACGAUGCAUAUUGAAGUGCAGGUUGCGCUUAACUUUGUUAUAUCGUACCUUUACAAUAAACUGCCAAGAAGACGGGUCAAUAUCUUUGGGGAAGAAUUAGAAAAGGCAUUGAAAGACAAGUUCAGGGGUCACUGGUACCCCGAUAAACCGUGUCGCGGGUCUGCAUUCCGAUGCUUGAAGACUGGGGGUCCAUUAGACCCCGUGUUGGAAAGAGCUGCCCGAGAAUCCGGUGUCCCAGUUCGAGACGUCCUUGAACAUCUCCCUCGAGAUCUUGCAGUGUGGAUUGACCCAGGUGAGGUGUCAUACCGCAUCGGCGAAAAGGGUGCAGUGAAGGUAUUGUUCAGCAGCGACGAACGCACUGCCGACGAGAGGACCGACAGAGAGGUAACCCGCGCGUUCAACCCUGAGGCGCAAUGUUUCCGACCAGUAGAGCCAGUAGCCGCCCCUUCACCGCCAGCGCCAGCGGCCUUCUCUCCGGGCCCGCCUUUCCGAGCUCAACCUCUCACUUUCACAACUGCCACCUUCGCUCAAACCAAGUUCGGGAGCACCAAACUGAAGACGAGCAGCAAACGCGCAAACCGCAUGUCUCCCACCGAGUUCAGCAACUACAUCAAGCAGCGCGCGGUUCAGCAACAGCUGGCGGCGCGGGCGCUGUCUCCGGCGACGGACCCGGCGGCCUACUUCCUAGCAAGACGCGAGAGUGCACCCUCUGCUCCUCCCGCACCGUACGCUCCCCCCACACACUUGCUCCUCGCGAACUGAACCGCGGGUACUUCGCCUCGCGCGGUCCGCUCAUAGAGUCUUUACUUUUUUACGACAGAGACGCGCGCCGCGAUCUAUUUUUUUAUUUUCCGCGGGGGCGUCCCGCGCCGCCCGCCGCUUGUGAUAUCCGUACGAUUUUCCAUAACUUUUUGUAUUCCCGUUCGUUACGUCGAUGUGUAAAUUUAUCGAUAGGAGCAAUAAUCAGCCGCGUGACUCGCCGGCGAUUUAUUUUCGUACUAUUUAAAGUCGAGUCGACUUUUGGAUGUCUUCGUUCAAUAUCGAUAUAUUAAUUAUUAGUAGUAUAUAAGGGAUCGAUAGGCCGAGAGGCCGCGUGCGCUUACGACGAUGUACCUUCUAGAGCGAGCCUGUAUACAUACAUACGUCCUCCGAUCUAAAUGAAUACUGAUAUUUAAAUAUGUAUACAUAAUAUAAUAUAUUCGUACGCGAAAUAUCUAAUUUUUCACGUGAAUGUAAUAAUGGCCAAUAGAGAAAUUACGUAUUUUUAAUAUUGAAAAAUUCAUACGUUCUAAGUAUAUAUAGUACUACUGGUAUGUAACUACUGUAUUCAUAUAUAUGUAUAAUAAUAAUAAUAAUAAUGUUUGCAUAUCCGGUCGGACGCGAUCGGACGGUGGCGGGCCGCCCGAAGGCGUCAGAGAUCUCACCUAGAGUAAUCAUCACUUGUACGAUUGUACUCUUAUAAUUAUAAUAUACAUAAAUAUUAUAGAAUUAGCUACGUUUCAAUCUAACAGUAUUUUUUUAAGAAGAUAUUAGUCCUUGUGUACAUUGCCGGUCGAUCGCGCCGCGGCGACCGGUCCUUAGUCUUACGGUAUAUUUAUAUGACAUUGUUAUAAAAGACAUGAAUAUGUAAUAAUUAUAGAAAAAUAUUUCUCAAAUCAUAAACUAACGGGUGCAUGCGAAUUCGUGGGAAUAAAAUACUAUGUGUUAUUUAUCUUUUUUAUAUUUCACUUGGCAAUUGAGUUCAGUGUUUCAGUCGAGAUCAAUGUUAGCGAUAAGAGAUUGUGCUUAAGUGUGCGGGUUGUCGGCUUGUCGUUGGUUGACGGUGACAUGACGUCAUAGAUGUCCGUCCAUACGGUUUGCAUUCGUAUUGUUUCAUUAAUAUAAAUAUAGUACAGAUUAGAUGAAUUUUCAAAGUUUUGUAUGUAAAUUGCUUUCACAUAUGUAGUGGUGAUGCACCCCGUGUGGACGACAUCGUUCGUUCUCAAUGCACAACAAUGACAAGUUGUAUACGGAAAUGUGCGUCUAUUUUUUUACUAUUUUUAUAUUUUGAUUUAGAUUAAGUCUAGUUGUAUGAUUUCGGUACCUUUAACACGUACUUUAUCAACGCCCUAUUCUUAUUGAAACUAUGUAACGUAAAUUUAGGAACUCGAUUGAAAUACUGGCCAAAACGCUACAGUAUUUUGUAGAUAAUCUAUAACGUAAGUUUAAUAUAAUACAAUAUAGCGUAAUGAGAUUUUUUAUUAAUAAAGAUACUUUUUAUUUUUCUUUUUUUGUAAGAUAUAUUCGAUGGAAGUGUUAAAGAUAGUAUAUUUGCAUAAUAUAGAUAAGCGGUUCUCCUGUCCGCGAAUAAAAUUAGUCAAUAAUAAUUUUUCAUAUUGUUGUACGACUUUUUAAGUUUAUAUUAAAAUGUUUUGUGCAAUCUA